AUGACAUCAAUAGCUGAAAGAAGAAAACAAUUCUUGGCCAAAAAAAGAAGAAAAGCGGCUGACAACGACGAUGAUCAAGAGAAGUUGAUUGCAAUCACCGAGAAUUAUUCGGUUUAUACAAAAUCUGGACAAAUGGUGAAACAUUUUCACAAAGAAAGUUUGAAAGCUCUUCAAAAAGAGAUGGAAAUCCUGAGAAGUUUGGAGCACAAAAAUAUCGUGAAAUUCUAUGCCACCGAUGAUUCAGCAUUUAAAAUUGUGAUGGAACGUUACGAGAAGGGCUCUCUUCAAAAACUUGUCCAUGAGCCCAUGUAUACGUAUACGAUGACAACAUUGACUAUUGGCGAUUUUGGAUCCGCUUUUUAUUACAAUAAAGGGGAAAACUCUACAAUAACCUCAGAAUUGGACAAAAACAUUGGAUCUCCAAGUCCGGCAGUUUCCCCAAAUGAGAUAACACACAAAAGCGAUAUCUAUAGUGCUGGAAUCGUGCUGUGGGAACUCUGCGAAAGAAGGAGGCCAUUUCAAUUUGUCGAUAACGUGUUUAAUGCUUUAUUAGAAGAGCUUGACGUCAAGAACGAAAAAUUGAAAAAGCUUACAGCUAGUUGUGCCAACCAUGUUCCAGAAAAACGCCCAAGCGCUUCUGAGGCCUUAGAAGUUUUACAAGAGAUCGAAAAUGUCUACGACAAAUUUUCUUUUCUACCAGAAUUCAAACAAGACGAAACACAGUUGAUACGACCGAUCGGUUUUGAUGCAUUUCUCAAAAGUUUCCUACUCUUGGCCUCUUGUACAAUGUUGGAAAUAUUACCUCCAUUGAUCCAAAGAAUGAACGCGUGUUUGGAAAAACUUGCCGAACUUCUUGAGAUAUUUGAAUGGCCCGCUUAUUUGAAAGUUUUCUUGAAUGUGAACACUGGAGAAGAAUGGUAUUAUUUUGGAGAAACCCCUUGUGAGAACAUCCCGUUUCAUCAACACAUUCUCAUGCGAAAAAGCGAUUGGAAAGUGAAGGUUCUGUUUGGUGUUUGGGAGGGUAAAACAACUCUUGUGAUAGAAAACAAAUAUCAUAUAAAACAGCAGAAGUUGCAAUUGAUGGGCUGUGAGUGGAUCACACAUGAGUGGAUUGUUGAUCAAAUCAGAACAUUGCAGCUAAAACGCGACACUCUAAUUGGCUUAUUGCUCAAAGACGAACGGGAUACGCAUGCUUUUGAAGCCAAUGGUUCAAUGAUUUGGCGGACAGAUGAUGCUGGUGCCGUAGACAUGGUGUUAAUGCUUGCUUUUAUAACAGCGCCAAAAGAGACGUUGUUGAGUUAUUACGGUUGUUCUAAAGAAAAUCUCGCUUCAUAUGAAGGAGGAGAACUGGUUGAAAGA